AUCUUUUCCUUCUUUUUAGGGACAUAGGAAACAUUCAAAUAUUGAUAGCUCAAAAGCUUAAAUAGGAGGAAUUCACAAAAGUUCAGAAGAUCACGUAUCCUUAUUGUAACUUAGCAGUGGUGAACAACACACUCUCAUUGAAGAGAAUGGAGCGAGAUUGGGCAAAUUUAGAAGCGCUUGGAUUGAUUUUAGAUAAAUUAUAUGAAAGGGUUGAUCAAAUCUGGUUUGGUGCUGUGUGCAAGAAUUGGCUAUCAGUUGCAAAGCUUAACCAUCAAAAUCAAGAGUUGAGAAAUAAUGUAUUACCCAUGCUUAUGAUCCCUAAAACAAACCUAUCUUUGUAUGGCAUUUCAUCCAACACAACAUAUGAAUUUCAAUUUCCAAUUCCUUACUAUGAUAACUGUUGUGGAUGUAGCCAUGGAUGGAUUACAACAAUCCAUACAAAAUACCAUGCAUAUUUUGCUUUGGAUAUAUUCAUAACUAUGUUUAAUCCUUUUAAGACUGUUUCUCCUAUUACUCUUCCACCUCUCAGAACAUAUAGUGAUUAUUAUGAAGGACUAUUGCCUAAGGUUACUCUUUCUGCUGACCCUAUAACAAGCCCAAAUGAUUACGUAGUUGCAGUAAUUUAUCAUAGGACUCUAGCUAUUUUUAAUGCGGGGCAACCCCGUUGGACUUCCAUAAGCGAUUACGGUUUUAUCUUUAUGGAUGUCAUGUUUGACGGAGAUUUAGUAUAUGGUUUGACAAAACAUCACAGGCUAUUAUCCUCCGAUCUUAGUUAUUUACACAAAGGAGAUAUCACAACGACAAUAAAUUGCAUUUCCAAUUCAUCUUUUCGUAAAGAUUUGAAAUGUUAUCUUGUGAUGUCAUUAGAGGGAGACUUGUGGAUGGUGAGAAAGCUUCUAAAUGAUAGGAUAAUGAUCAAAUUUGAAGUGUUCAAGUUACAACUCAAUGCUCAAAGGGAAAAGGUCAAGCGGAUAGUAAAACUUAAAAGUCUCGGGGACAACGUUUUAUUCGUGGGAGAUUGUGAUUCGAUUUCUGCGUCAGCUUCUUGUUUCUCUGGUCGAUUGAAACAAGAUUCUAUCUAUCAUAUUAACAGGGCUAAACAUUAUACGUCAUUUGGACAAUAUUGGGAAACAUUCAAUGUAGAAAUAUAUAAUGUAAAAGAUGGAAGCAUUUGUCAUCAAUAUGCAGAAUGUUCUUUCCUCAAACAUGUGCCACCUCCUCUUUGGGUUGCACUUCCUUUUCAAUGAGAUUAGUAGGUUUAAAAUUUUCUGGUUUUUCAUGUUUAUUUACUUAUUUUGUUAUACUGAUAUUUAUGUUUACACUUUGCAAUUGAUUGUAUAUUUGUUGGAAUAAUCUAAUGUGAGGUAUAUGUUUUACUUUAGAAAAUUUUAUCAUGAUUUUUCAUGUUGAUUUCAAGAACAUGAAAAAUGUUAUUCAUGUUAGUUCUUCUGAUUGAUGUUAGAAUGAUUUCAU